GUUUUCUUCCGCUGUUGAAGUCACCACUUCCCUCCAGCAGAGGACAGGUUCAAGAUGGCGGCGUCCCUGAGAAGCCUUCUUCGCCCAGGAAAGAAUGCCGUGUCGGCUCUCCGGCGGCGGGGAUUUCACAGCAGCUCUCCGGCUGCGGUUCAGGUGACAGUCCGUGGCCUGAACCAGGCCAUGGACGAGGAGCUGGAGAGAGAUGAGCGAGUGUUCCUGAUGGUUGAGGAGGUGGCCCAGUACGACGGAGCACUACAAGUGAGCAGAGGUUUAUGGAAGAAGUACGGAGACAAACGGAUCUCGACACUCCCAUUUCUGAGGAUGGGCUUUGCCGGCAGUGCUGUCGGAGCUGCAGCAGCCGGACUCAGACCUAUCUGUGAGUUCAUGACCUUUAACUUCUCCAUGCAAGCCAUCGAUCAGGUGAUCAACUCAGCAGCCAAGACCUACUACAUGUCAGCGGGUCUUCAGCCGGUGCCCAUCGUCUUCAGAGGUCCCAAUGGGGCAUCAGCUGGAGUCGCUGCUCAGCACUCACAAUGUUUUGCUGCAUGGUAUGCCCACUGUCCUGGGCUCAAGGUGGUCAGUCCGUGGAACUCAGAGGACGCCAAAGGCCUCCUGAAGUCAGCCAUCAGAGAAGACAACCCUGUGGUGUUUCUGGAGAAUGAGCUGAUGUACGGCGUUCCCUUCGAAAUGUCCGAGGAGUCGCAGUCCAAAGACUUCACCAUCCCCAUUGGGAAGGCCAAGGUGGAGCGGCCAGGCAGCCAUGUGACCGUGGUGUCACACUCGCGGUUGGUUGGUCACUGUCUCGAUGCUGCCGCCGUCCUCGCCAAAGAGGGAAUUGAGUGUGAGGUAAUUAACCUGCGGACCAUCCGUCCAAUGGAUGUGGAGAGCAUCGAGGCCAGUGUGAUGAAGACCAACCACCUGGUGACAGUGGAGGGGGGGUGGCCUCAGUUCGGAGUUGGUGCUGAGAUCUGUGCUCGGAUAAUGGAAGGCCCUGCCUUCAACUACCUGGAUGCUCCGGUCACCAGGGUGACGGGUGUUGACAUUCCCAUGCCCUAUGCCAAAAUCCUGGAAGACCACAGCGUGCCCCAGAUCAAAGACAUCAUCUUCUCCAUCAAGAAGACGCUCAAUGUGUGAAUCCAAACAGCCCUGUAAAUACAGACGCACGGUUCCUUUGAAAACUCUAGGACUGGGUUCGGGUUCUGGUUCAGGUUGGUGAAUCAACCUGCCCAGGAAACCUCAUCUCUUAAAAAUAAACCUCCUCUUCCUGACUAAACCACUGAAUGAGCACAACUGUGUGUUUGUCAAACUGCGUUUUCAGAGUUGAAUUAGUUUGUUAGAGCUAAGUUUCGCAGAUGUGCGUCAGUAAAAUGGGUCUAACAUUCUGAUGAUCCAAAGGCUCGGACAGAUCUGUCUACAUUAACAUCUAUUUCAGAUAAACUAUUGUGUUCAGUUAAAAACAGUUGAACAUGUUUGGAUUAAAAGUAAAUAUUAACUGCCCGUAAACAGUAGAUCCACAUCUGGUUCUGAUCAGAACCUUCAUCUGUGCUCAGUCAUUGGUUCAGUCGGUAAAACACUCCUACAUAUGUAGAACCUUAAAUAUUCUGUUAAGGUUCAUUCCUGAAGAUUAUCAAUAAACCAUCAUAUGUUUGAAUAUUUAUUGAUUUAUUUUAGAUCUGUGGACACAACUGUAAAUGACCUGUUACAAAAAUAAAAACCUUUCAGUCACUGAU